AUGGAUGCAGACAAGGACAAUCGGACUCAGUCUGAGUCGGCUUGCAAGCCGGCCAGAUUUGCGUCUUUUGGGUCUCGUUUGGCAAGAGCGACAUCAUCCAAAGCCAUUUCCCUUUCACCCGGGCCCGGGUCCCCAGGGACACUGUCAGAUGCUGCGUCAGAGAGCUCCGCUGGUAUUGGGUUGGAUUUUACGAAGUGUGUGGCAGCUUCUCCUCAGAAGGACUUUGGAGCAAUCGUGCCGAUGGCUCCACGACUGCUCCGAUUUGCCAGUCAUGAAUCCAUGUCCAUGUUGUCUGUGGCCUCAGAGGACUUACAGGACACGGAGGUGCUGGAAGAGCUUUUUCAGUGGCCGCAAGCUUUGCUUUACAAGCUGCUGGGCAUCGGACACCGCCCGAAUCAGCAAGUGUGGCAACAAAGGACACUUACAUCUGCCAUGAAACAUCGGCAGGCAGAAAUGCGUGAACUGUUUCUGGAAGCCAUGGCCGAAGGUGUUCUGCUGAGCACUGCUUACAGUGGUGUGGAGGCACCUUUGCAUGCGGCCUGGGAAAUCAUGAAGGCCGUGGAAGGGUCUGGUGUCGCGGGCGAUUGCCAUGGCAGACAGGCAAGGAAAGGCAGCUGGCAAGGAUUUCGGUCCUACUCAGGUGGGGACUCCGAUGCCAGGUGCCGUGCUAUUUCUCUUGGAUUCCAUAGAGAGAGUUCCAAAUGGCCGGUGCAGCUCCGGCCAACGCAUGUCUUUGGGACGUUGGAAGAUGCUGUGGAGGACGGAAAUUUGUUGUUCGAUCUGUACAGUUUGACGAGUCAACAUGGUACAUCAGCGUCUCAAGAUGAAGUGGGAAGGAGCCUUGACUCCAACGGUCCUGCUUGCAAGAAGCAGAAGAAGGCAGCGGCAGAACCAGACUACGAACUGUUCGGCAAGUUCCUUUCCACCUUUGGGAAGGUGCACAGGUACUUCAAGGACCAGUGCAAGAGCAAGAGCGGGCCAACCGCUUACUGCUACAAACACAAGGGCAAGUGUAGUCUUCACAUGCCAGCAGACUUGAAGAAAACGGCCGGGCGGACCAUGCACGUCGCCGGCCCUAUUUGUGUUGACUGGAGCGCCCGAGGCAAGAAGAAGGGCCUGGCAGGUCCCAGCACAAUACCCUUCUUGGUGUGGCUGGGCGAACUGUCCACCUCAGGUGUGGAUUUGGGCAUCCAUGAAGGAACUCUGCAGACCGACCUGAAAGCGUUGAUUGCGCCGCUUGAGAUGGUUCAGGAACCUGGCCAGCCUUGGGGGUUCUACGGGUUCAACCUCGACCCCAAGCGUUUUGGCUGUCCAUGCAGCCGGCCAAGAUUGUACACCCUUGUCUACAGGAAGGACAAGUUCCAAUUCACUGGCUCGCAAGACGAACUGGAUAUGUUCCUUGGGCAGGACUUGCUGUGCUCUGGGAGAGUGUUCUUCAAUGAUGCCAGCACAGCUUUCGAAGAAGCAUCGUUGAACAACACCCAGGAGCAGAGCCUGCGCAGGCAUGAGGCGGCAGAGCGAGACGAGAGCGACGCAUGCAUCGGAGACUUGAAUCAAAUGCCGCCAUUUGGGAGACUGCAGAAGUUCGUACCAGCAUUGGUCACGCACGGAUGCAUUGCAAGCCUGAAAGAUGGCAAGGUCCUCGCUGCCGAACAGCACCUGGAUGUACAGCUGCUCAGCAAAGAGAGUCAUGCCAGGGGUGAGGGUUCCGGCUUGUCUUGUGCAUUCAAGAAGCACCUGGCCGGUAACACCAUGCAUGCGUUGAGCAUUGGUCCUAUGCUGGUGUAUUCUCUGGCAUGUUUGAAGCCCUUGCCGUGUGAUGUAACUUCUUUAUGA